AUACAUUAAGUUGCUUGUAGCUUUCUCUACAAACAUACAUUUUAAAUAGAAUGUUAAAAUUAUCCCAUUAGAAGCUUGUUUGUCCUACUGUCACUGUCAAUCAACAAAUGCCGUGCUAGGGCGACGUUAGUUUAUUUAUUAAAUAAACAUUGAAAAACAAUAAACAAACAUGAGAUGGAGCGAAAAAGAAACGUGUACAUUUGUCAAAUUGUACCUGGAGAAUGAAGCACUCUGGAAUCCUAGAGUUCCUGAGUACAAAUCGAAACCAGAAAGGCACAAAGCUUAUACUAAAAUUAUAGCCGAAUUCCGAGCCGCUACGGGAAUGCCUUUGACGGAACCUGAAGUGAGAACGAAGAUUAAAAACUUAAGAUCCACCUACAUCCAGGAGGUCAAUAAAAUACGUAAGCGUUCUAGCCCGGACUCCGUUUUCAAGCCAUCAAUUAAAUGGUUCUAUGCUUGGCAUAAACGUUUUAGCAAGACGCUUAGAAGAGAUCUGGACGUUAUGGACGAUGCAUUUUUUGAUCAUGAAGAACAAAUAGAAGAAUCAUGUCAAAAAAUAUGGGUUAAUCCAGAUGAAGUCAAUGAUAAUUCCAACUCUGACCCCUUUGAGUCCGAGCAAGACAACUUCCUCCUAGUCCUCAAACCUGAGCCCGAAGACAUAAAACACGAAGCCUCACAAAGCUCAUACAAAGUAAAGAAGAAAAAAUUUAAACAUCGCCACAGUACAGAUAACUCAGAUAGAUCAUAUAGAAAUAGCAUAGACAAUGAAGCCAAAGAGGAUGAGUUUGAUAUUUAUGGUAAAUUCAUAGCAUCACAGUUGAGGAAAAUGAAUUUGCAGAAGGCGCUACGGUUGCAACUGGAGAUUCAGAGUUUAGUGAGCGAAGCUAGGAUUUCAGAUAUGGAACAUUGAAAUAAAUAGAUAUUAGUUUUUAACAUGUUCACUCCGAGAAGGGGUUGAAAGACCCUAUGCAAAGUAUUCUAAGGAACAUGUCGUGCCCCGGACGCAGGUGAUCACGAUUAUUUAAGCCAAAUUGAACUUUACGGAAUCCCGCGUUAGUCCCUAUUGCAUUGGCGAAACUGUCGGCUGUAGCCAUUGUUGGCGUCCUUGGCAAGUCUUUCAGAUGUCAGUCAUAGCCGAUGAUGCUGGCGGUCAAAAGGUUAAUUACGGAUAGUUAUUAGCUAUUUUCAUUAUGAGUAUCUUUAUGCAUAGUCUGUCUAAGCUAACUCUGCUCCAGUUUUAAUACAACAAUAAGUAAUUUUCGUAAAAAAAUUACACAAUUAUACAGGUCCACAUAGAGUGCGCAUACUGGCGAGGCAAUUUCCUCGUGCACGAAACAGCCAGUGUAGACGUACCUGGGCCGAGACGGCCCGCGCGUUUUCCUCGCCUGAGCGCGCCGCCUCGGCCGAGGCACGUCUACACUGGUCGGUUUGAAAUGAAAUCGUUUAUUCACAAUGAACAUAUGGUAACAUAAGAUCUUAAAUUACAAGCAUUGUGUCCCAUGAUAUAUUCAGUCCAUGUAGACAUGUGAACAGUUGUCAGUGAUAACUUGAUUAGAUCACUCGGUCAAUUAAAAUGAAUUAUAUUAGUGUAGUAUGUACAGGCAAUUGCCUUGCGCGUAUGCUCGCUCUGUGUGGACCCACGUAAUGACCAUACACCACACUCGAGGAGGCUUUUGCGGGCACGUCAGUUUUGUAAGAACUGUCUUAGGAAUCAUCAUUCGACAAAUUAAAAUCAUGGCUGUUUAUGAUACCAGUUACGAAUACCUUAUUCUAACAACUUGAAAAUUUAUUGAUUUAUUUGAAAAUGUUCGCACUCAAGUGUGGUGCAUGAUAAUGAGAAUGACAUCCCCACACUUUGUUAUUAGGUCAUUCAUUACAAAUGCAGUGUUAGCUUGUUCCGGCUCUGAUUGUUUCCAAAGAAAGGUUAAAUUUUAAGUUAGCUUUAAUCAGUCAUUAAAUAAAGAAGAAAUAUCCUUUAUCGUUUUGUGGAUCAGUGAUCUUUAGACAAGAAUGUAUUUUUGGUUCUUGCAUCAAACAUGUUAAAAUAAUAAAUAUUUUUAAUUUAUAAUUUUGAAUAAUGGCAAUGAAAAAAAGAGGUAGUUUUGGAAAAAACUGUUUUUAGUGUUAAUUUUCACAAAAGAACCAGUGUUCAAGUACAAGAAUAAAAUACAACUUAAGAUACAUGAUUUGUGAUUUCGGAAGAUUUGCAGGUAUAGGAGUUUUCUUUUUCUCUCACAAUGGAUGUGGAAAACGUCUGAUAAAGUGAUAAAAGGGUGAAUCACCUUUUUUUUUUUGCUUUUAUAGAAUUUAUCAAUAACCACGGGAACAUAGCGUAAUAAAGUACACCCGCCAUUCUGACUGUCAGGAUGGCUGGUGUAAUGUUUUUUGAUGAUAACUUUACUUACCGUGAGCUACAUUUUUUUUAAUGGAGGUACUAAAUAGUACAAAUUAGGUACAAAAUUAUGGUAUGCUUUUCAAUUAUUUUUAUUUAGGUACACCCGCCAUUCUGACUUUCACAGCUUUGCUCCUUUGGCGGGAAGUGCGGUGAUAAAAACGCUGGCCCCUGUGUAUAUAUAAACAUCUUUGACAGUUACCAACUCCAUUGAUUUGUUUAAAUUGUAUGUUACUGUUUUUACCUGUGAGGGGAAAUGAAUAUAAAAGAAAGUCGUGUAGCAA